GGAUCGAUGCCCAAAUGAAAGAGAGAAACUCGGGACAGUCUGCAGAGCGGAGCAGCAGCGGCCGUGACCCAGUUUAGCUCUGUUUGGAAACUGGAGCUGCAGCUUCUUCACAUCCAGCAGCAGCAGAUGGGCAGCAGAAGCAGGAGCGGCUCGGCGUGAGGGAGGAAAACUCGCCUCAGAGAGAAACCCGCUGUAAACAGAGUCAGCAGAGUCAGAGUACAGCGAGGCAGAGCAGACGGGCGACUGUACCGACUCCAAAAUGCAGGGAAUCCCAACGACCGAUCUCUCCACCUCAGUCCUACAGUAUUCCUGUGGAUCAGUGGAUUUGGUGCUGAAAAAGAAAGCCCCGCCUCCUCCCAGACCAUGCCACACCCACACUAUAGAGAAUCCCAGCCCACAGCCCAUAGCUGCACCAAGGAAGGCUAUCUCACAGAAACCUCAAGUGCCCCCUAAGCCUGCGCACCUGCUGGCUUUGGGGCAGGACAAGCAGCUACUGCGAAUUCCUCCGGCGCCGUGCCGCCCUCUCCCAACCCCUCCACCCAAGCCCAAAUUUCUGGCCUCCGAGCAGAACAACCAGCCUGCCAAGAGUGUGGGCAUACUCAUCGAGAAGUUUGAGAACACCAGGGUCCCAAUUCUAGGAGUCCAACCAAGGAGUCCUCUACAGCUCCACCUGAGCAUGGAGGCUCCACCCACCGGUGUGGGUGACUCCGCCCCCGAAAACCCAAAGCAGCUUCAGCUGGACGAACAAGGGGCCAACUCUUUCUCUGUGGAUGAACUUGCACUUAAUCCCCUUCACAGUUCAGAGGAUAUGGAAUUACCUACUUUAGACUGUUUACGAAUUGACUGUGCGAAUGACACAGGCAGCCGGGAUGAGCUUGACCACGGCAAGGAGUUGGACAUUAAUCACAGCGAUACAGAUGGCAACCACAGCGAUGUGGAACGCCUCCUUAGCGAGUUGGAGCGUAACCAUAGCGACACAGAACAUGACGGUGGUAGUUUAAUGGCGGUUCCUUGCAACGUGCAGGAUAACGAAGUGACGGAACCGAAUGGGAAAAUACCAAAUCGCGACAGUGGAAUCGAUAGCCCAUCUUGUGGAGCCGAGGGAGAGGUUUUUCCAAACGAGGUCCCCAUUGAAGAGGAGGAGAAGAACGACAGCAUUGCCACGGAAACGGAGAGUGUGUCUUGUGUCACCACUGAAAAUAAGCGGGACUCGACACAGGAUGAAGACAGUGACUUGGAUGAGGGGAGCAGUGAAGAACCAGAGAGUCUGGAGGGCAAAUCUCAGUCUCAGAAGCUGUUCAACAUUGCCCAAGAGCUACUUCACACAGAGGAAGCUUAUGUCAAAAGACUCAACCUCCUGGACCAGGUGUUCUGUACCAAAUUGACAGAGGCAGGUAUUCCUACUGAUGUGAUCACUGGCAUCUUCUCCAACAUCUCCUCCAUCUACUGCUUUCACCAUCAGUUUCUGCUUCCUGAACUACAGAUGCGAAUUACACAAGAGUGGAACAUGAAUCCACGUAUAGGGGACAUCCUGCAGAAGUUGGCUCCAUUUAUGAAGAUGUAUGGAGAGUAUGUGAAAAACUUUGACCGUGCCAUGGACUUGGUCAAUACGUGGACACAAAGGUCAACCCAGUUCAAAAGUGUAGUCCAGAAUAUCCAGAAGCAAGAUGUGUGUGGUAACCUGACGUUACAGCAUCACAUGCUGGAGCCAGUGCAGCGUAUCCCUCGUUAUGAGCUCCUCCUCAAAGACUACCUGAAGAAACUGCCCAGUGAUGGACCAGAUAGGAAGGAUGCAGAGAAGGCUCUGGACUUGAUCUCCACAGCUGCUAACCACUCGAACGCUGCCAUCAGAAAGAUGGAGAAAAUGAACAAGCUGUUGGAGGUGUACGAGCGAUUGGGUGGUGAGGAAGACAUUGUUAAUCCAGCUAAUGAACUCAUCAAAGAGGGCCAUAUAAAGAAGAUGUCUGCUAAAAAUGGCAGUGCCCAGGACAGAUAUCUCUAUCUGUUCAAUAACAUGUUGCUGUAUUGUGUGCCUAAGUUGAGACUGAUGGGGCAGAAGUUUAGCGUCCGAGAAAGAAUAGACAUUGCAGGAAUGGAGGUUCAAGAGAAGCAGAACCUUCCCCACACUUUCAUCAUCACUGGCAAGCAACGUUCCUUUGAGCUGCAGGCCAGAACUGCUGAAGAAAAAGAGGACUGGAUACAGGUGAUCUCGGCCACCAUAGAAAAGCAUAAACAGAACAGUGAGACGUUUAAUAAAGCCUUCAACAGCUCCUUGUCUCGUGAUGAAGACCACAUGAGUGUGCCAGACUCACCGGGUCCAUGGUUUAAUGCUUCUGUGGAUUCAGAUGGAGGUGUACACGAGAGGCGGAGUUCAAAGAAGCGAGAGAAGGAGAAGGAGACGUGUAAGGGCUGCAACGAAACCUUCAAUUUCACCAAGCGUAAGCACCACUGCAAGAGCUGUGGAGCGGCUAUCUGUGGUAAAUGCUCCAAGGUGUCGGAGAGCAAGAACACCCGCAUGUGUAAGCCGUGUUAUGAGGCUCUGCAAGGACCUGAAGGGACACCAGUGAGCAGUGCUGAGCCAAAGAAAAAAUCAGGGGUAGAGAAGCAGCUCUCAUUGACAGGUGACAGCUGUGUCCUGUGCAGCCAGCUUUUGGUUCAAGAGAAAGGGAAGAACUGGACCAAGACCUGGGUGGCUGUCACUAAAGAUGAGCCGCUGACGCUUUACCUGCAGACUGGCAGCCAGGAUGCGCGUGGUGCACGGAGGAUCGCUCUGCCGGGUUGUGAAGUUAGCACCUCGGAGAAAUCAGAAGGCAAACCGGUGUUCACGCUCAGCAACUCCCACCACGCAUUGUUCUUCAGCUCUCAGGAUUCGGAAUUAUUGGCCAAGUGGGUGGAGCUUUUGUCCCAUGCAGCGAAAGGAGAGGCCUCAGAGAUGUCAGUCGGCAUGACGGAACACAGGAAGAGUCAAUGAGACGAACAGGAAAGGACGACCGAGCCGUCCCCUGGCUGCGUGUUUUGUAUAGAACUUUAUUACUUGAAUUCAGCACUUUUUAUUUUUUUCUUUGAUAUGAAAUCUUUGUUUGUCGUUACUUCACCUCUUCUCCUCACCCCCUUUCACAAAUGCACAGGGUGACCAAAUACACAUACACAAGCGCGCACUGUUGAGCACCUGUGCCACUGGUGUGCAGGUGUGCUGUUCUUUCCCCAAUGCACUGUUGUUUGUUCCUUUUUCCAAGAAGACUCCUUCAGCGUCCUGUUGAACUAUAAUAGAUGAAGCUGUUGUGGAUUUUUAUGAUAUAUUAUAAGAUGGAUGUUUUUAUCUUUUUCUUUUUUCUUUUUUUUUUUUUUAAGAUUUCCUGUAAAUGUGUUAUUUGUGAAGCAUUAACUAUCCAUUCACUCGUGUUGACAGAUGCAGAUAUUUUGUUUUGUUAUCAGUUUUUGUUCCUCUCUACAGCUGCACACCUCGUUUUGCUUCUCUGGUUUGGUAGCCUCCUUUUGAAGUUCUGGAUGCAAAAGAGGAAACCUUUGUUAAAGUGAGCGGCAGGACACCCGAUAAUCCUAAUUUCAUCCAAUAGUUCUUUUCUUCAGCUCACUUUUGUUCUUUUUUGGGGGCACUUCAAAUCCACUGGCAUACACCAGACCCCCCCCCCCUCACCUCUGCUGUAUAUCUACUAGUAUUCAAGUAUCGAAACAGUACUAGACUGUACUGAAAGUACUGUAAGCCCUUCUGGCUCCCACUGAAGGAGGGGCUGAAGUAGAGACUCUGUAACAUUUCCCAUAUUUAUGUCAUGCUUUUAAGAAUCAGGCAAACAUACCUUCUCUGUGAAAACUGAUUUUUACCCACAGUGGCAGCAAGACCAGUAUUAAUUCUUUUUUUUUUAAACCAGGAUUGUUCCCAAAAGUAAUUGUGUCUAGCAUAUCAUUGAAUAAAAGAAUCUGGUCUUCAUGUC